AUGCUGAGUUUGGCAAGCUUGUUCGCCGAUGCAAAGAGCUGCAGGGGCUUUGUUCCGAAGGUCCGGCACGUCGGACGACCUCGGAGCUUGGGGCAUCAAGGAGCACCUACAUCUCGAGCACCUGCAUCUCGAUCCUGGCUGGCUGCCGUUGCAGGUGGCGUGGUGAGUUUCCGGAGCCUUUCGGCCCGCAAGUGCAAGCCUGUUGCGAAGGGCCAGUGGCAUUCGCACUCGACGGGCCCCGACGAAACGAACUUGCAGCGCGACGGCCGCGAGGGGGAGGUCCUCCACUCCUCAGCUCCGCGAGUGGGCCGCAGGAAGAAGCAGAAAAAAGAAGCGGUCAAGAGGGCUGCGCUCCAGAGGCUGAGGGACCAUGCGGCCAGCAAGGGUGGGAAAUGCAUUUCAGAGACGUACAUGAACUGCAUGUCGAAGGUCCGGUGGGAGUGCAAAUUGGGGCACAGGUGGAUGGCCACGCCGAACAGUGUGCUGAACGGCGGAAGCUGGUGUCCUCGCUGCAGCAUCAACAAGAGGAGCCUCGGCUUGCACCAACUCCAAGAGCACGCGAGGAAAAGAGGCGGCAGGUGCUUGUCCGACGAGUACCGGAACGCUCAUACCAAGGUUCGCUGUCAGUGCAAGCUGGGACACACCUGGGAGGCCACGGCGAACAUGGUGUUGAACAAAGGGACCUGGUGCCCCGAGUGCGCUCGCGCAACAAAAUCACGGUCAAAGCGAAGCUUGAGGGACUUGCAGGAGCAUGCCGCCACCCGUAGAGGCAAAUGCUUGGCUACUGAAUAUGUUGGCGUCAUGGCGAAAGUUCCGUGGCAGUGCGAGAAAGGCCACACUUGGAGUGCGCGUGCAGACAGCGUGUUGAAUAUGAAGACCUGGUGCCCGGCCUGCGCGCAGAAUGCACCCCUGGGCUUGGAGCGACUGCGGAGCCACGCCGCCCGCCUUGGUGGAGAGUGCCUGGCCAAGGACUACGAGAACAACCGCAUCAAGGUGCGAUGGAAGUGCAGCUCUGGCCAUGUAUGGCGAGCAACUCCGAAUAAUGUCAUCAUCAAGGGCACCUGGUGCCCCGAGUGCCAGAAGAUCGGCCUGGCACGUCUGCAGGCGCACGCCGCGUCGUUAGGCGGCAGGUGUCUGUCCAUGAAGUAUAGCAACCGUGAAGCGAAGGUUCUUUGGGAAUGCCAGCUCGGCCACAGGUGGAAAGCCUGCGCCGCUAACAUCCUUCAUCAGCAGAGCUGGUGCCCUCAGUGCGCGGCCAGCACUUGGAAGACGGAAGCUGAAAUCCGGAGCAUUCUGGAAGCCAUCUUCGCCCCUUCAAUGUUCGAGUCGUCCUAUCCCGCGUUUCUGGGAGGUCUGCAGUUGGAUGGGUACUGCUCCGAGCUGUCCUUGGCUUUCGAGUACCAGGGGGAGCAGCACUAUGAUCCUGACAACUACUUCCAUUUCGGCGACCCUUCAAGCUUUCAGAGUCAGCUGGAGAGGGAUGAAAGGAAGCGCCAGCUUUGCGAAGGGGCCGGCGUGCGGCUGGUGCUGGUGCCGUGUUUUGCAAACGACAAGCGCCUUUUUGUGCUCACAGCUCUGCUUCAGUGGUUCUCCAUGGCUCAGAUCACGGUCCCCAUGUUGUCGCAAGCUGGCAGCUAG